AUGAAUGCUUUCUUCGAUGGCUACGUGCAUGCCAGAACAAAUCUUAAAGAAUUUGUUGAUCAGUUCGACAAUGCUCUCAAGAAAAAAGUUGAAAAUGAAAACCAAGCUGAGUUCAAUUCAUUUAACUUCACCAUUCCUUGCAUAUCACACUUGGCUCUUGAGAAGAAGUUUCAAGAUGUAUACACAAAUGUAAAAUUUAAGGAGGUUCAACAAGAGAUAAUGGGAAUGAUAUAUUAUCAUUGUCGUUUCGAGAAAAUGGAGGGAGUAAUCGUAAUUUACUCGGUCGAUGAUCAAGUAAAGGCUGAAGAUUUCAUCAAGGAAGUUACGAAUACUCUUUACUUUAAUGAGGCCGAGUGUGAGACGAAGUGUGUUUGUGGGUUAUUUGAGAUGCGAGGGAUAAUAUGUAGACAUAUUCUUGCCAUCUUUUUAGCUAAGAAAGUCCGUGAGUUGCUAAAAAAGUACAUAUUAGACCGGUGGCGGAAAGACAUAAAACGGGGUUAUACUAUUACUUCGACCAGUUAUGAUGCUGUUGAUCAGAGACCAGAAACUGUUAGGUAUAAACGUAUUUUGAGAACUUUCAAUGAGGUAAUAACUAAUGCAGUUUCGUGCGAUGGGCAUACUGAGGAAAUGAUUUCAAACUUGUAUGCAAUGAAUGAGGUUUGGCGCACAUCGAAGCCCUCCAACACAGAUUCCAAUGUUGGAGGAAGUACCGUGAAUGCAUUCACAGAAGGAAGUUCGAAGAAGAUGCUAAGUCCCCAUGUUGUCAGAGGUAAGGGAAGACCCCCGUGUAAGAGGAAGAUAUCCACGAUGGAGGAAAGAGUGAAGAAAUUAAAACUAAGACUACGAAUAAGAGAAAAGAUCAGGGAAAAAGCAGACUGGCGUAUAUUGGAUACCGAACCAUUGGAAAGUAGUGAAAACCAACUCGGUCUAUCGGAAAUGAGGAUGCAAGAAAAUGUACAAACUCCCAUAAUGGUCAAUGAAGAAAGUGGACAACAUCCAAUGAUGGGGACACAAAAAAGUAUACAACUAGGAAUGGAUGGAACGCAGCCGGAGACGGUAGAUGGAACGCAGCCCAAUAGUUUCUUGUAG